AUGGUGCGCGGUUGGUUCCUCUUCGCUGUGCUGGGGCUUGGCUUCCUGGGUCUAGGGGCUGCCCAAGGACCAGAGAAACGAAGAACGGGCAAUGUGUGUAGCACGGACGUCGAAUGUCCAGACAACGCGUUCUGUAAGCAGAGCAGCUAUUGUGUCUGCAAGGAUGGCUUCGUCUACGCGGCGAUCAAUAGCACGCACAAGGGGUGCUUAAAAGAGGCGAGAAACGGCGAAGAAUGCGUCCAACACAUUCAGUGUCACUCCACAAUGGGGGUCCACUCCGAGUGCGCGAACAAUAUCUGCGCAUGCGCAAAGAACUCCCACUUGGAGACGGACCGAUGCUACGAAACUGCGGUGGUCGGUGAACGAUGUGUUGUUGACCAGAACUGCUACCUUGGUGAAUCUGGACCGGACCGUCAGGCAUUCUGCGUGCGAGGUUAUUGCACCUGCCAACUCCAAUUUAGCCCAAGGGAUAAUGGGACUAGAUGUGUCCGCGAUGCCCUGUUAGGCGAAGAAUGUGAAGACAACUUGCAGUGUGCUGGUCCAGGGCUGGAGUGCAGAGGAACCUGUCGCUGCAGAGACAAUUGGGUCGCUCAUGACGAGAUUAACGCUUGCGUCGAGUCUGCAAAAUUGCUGAACGACCCUUGUCAGUAUGAUGUACAAUGUGAAGCCUUGUCUGGGGUAGCUGAAGCGAAAUCUGUGGGCGCAGCCUUGUGCCUCGGAGGCGUGUGCUCUUGCGCAUAUAACGCCCGACCGGUUGGCAGCCCCGCUCACUGCUGGCAGAGACGACGUCCCGGACAAGAGUGUAUUCGUGAUGAGGAAUGUGUUUCUGAAGAAGACGAACCCGGAUACUGUCUUGCUGGGCGUUGCACGUGCAAAACGUGCUCGCCCGACGCAAGCGACUUCGGCGGCGCUAGCACCCUUUCAACUCCACCGAUCUAUAUAGCGGCCAUCUUGUCCAUCGCCGCCAUCUUGAGACACUAG